AACCAGAUCUCAAGCUCUGGGAUUUGAUAAUCUUUUGUUCUUUGCUUAGAUCUGAUCUGAUAGAGCCAUGGGAAAUCAUGGGAGCAAGAGAACAUCAGAAACAUCAUCGUCAUCUAUCACUCUUAGCAGCAAUUUGCAGUACACAACUGAAUUGAGUUCCUAUGAAGCAGCUUGCAAGCUAGACAAAGAGUUGCAGACAUUCGACACCAAUGUCCAGGCUCGAACCAAUCAUGUCAUCAACACACUAGCAAUGGGUGUCGAAGCUCGAGCCCUUUCAUUCGAUUCACUCAGAGAGGUAACCGGUUGUCUUUUGGAGAUGAACCAAGAGGUGGUUAAAGUUAUUUUGGAAUGCAAGAAAGAUAUAUGGAAGAACCAAGAAUUGUUCGAGCUCGUCGAGGAGUACUUCGAGAACAGCUUGCAAACACUUGAUUUUUGCUCUGCAUUAGAGAAAUGCCUGAAGCGAGCCCGAGACAGCCAAUUGCUGAUAUUAAUGGCUCUGCAACAAUUCGAGGAAGAAAGCGAGGUCGGCGGGAGCAAAUACAUGAGGACAUUGGAAGAACUGAGGAAUUUCAAGGCAGCUGAGGACCCUUUCACGGAGGAGUUCUUUCAGAUCUUUCAAUCUGUUUACAGGCAGCAAAUAACAAUGCUGGAGAAAUUGCAGCAUAGGAAGAACAAGCUAGACAAGAAGCUUAAGUACAUUCAUGCAUGGCGUAAGGUAUCAAGUAUGAUAUUCGUCGCUACAUUUGUUUCCGUGUUGAUUUGUUCGGUCGUGGCUGCGGCAAUGGCGGCACCACCGGUUGCCGCUGCGCUCGUUGCUGCGACAUCGAUCCCCUUAGGUUCGAUGGGGAAAUGGAUUGAUUCUAUGUGGAGAAACUAUGAAAAUGCAUUGAAAGGACAAAAGGAAGUGAUUACCUCAAUGCAAGCAGGCACAUAUGUGGCUAUUAAAGACUUGGAUAACAUCCGGAUUCUCGUCGAUCGAUUGGAGAUUGAAAUUGAAGCUCUGUUACAGAAUGCGGAUUUCGCAAUAGAGCAAGAAGCUGUGAAGAUUGGGAUAGAUGAGAUAAAAAAGAAGCUUGGUGUUUUUAUGAAGAAUGUGGAGGAUUUGGGACAACAAGCCGACAUUUGUAGCCGGGAUAUUAGGAGAGCAAGGACUGUUGUUCUUCAAAGGAUCAUAAAACAUGGCAAAAAUUGAAAUCAUUUGAUUCCUGGGAGUUUGACCUGCUUCAAGUUGAUGCUGACAAUGUUGACAA